UCACUCUCAUCACUUUUUCACAAAAAAACAGAUAGGAAAACAAGAAUUUGGCCUCAUUUACUUUAUUUUUUCUCAGUUUUAUCUUCCUUUUUCGAACUUUUCUCUCUGUAAUCUUCCCCUUACUAGCCCCCACCAAGAUGAUGAGAUAAUGAUGUGUCCAACACCUAAAUAGCAAAUGACCCAUACCAACUUCCUCUCUUUAGAAGGAGAGAGAUAUCUAGAGAGAGAGAGAGCUAGAGCUAGAGAGAGAGAGAGAGAGACAGCUUUAUUUUUGCUCAAUGAUUCCAGCCCAGAUUGAGAAAAAACCCAAGCUAGCUUUUCUUUGAGAUUUCUGUAGUAGUGGUUUUAAAAAAGGUGCAAACUUGAUAGGGUUUUGGAGACUGUUCAGUUAAGGAGAAGGAGAGGAGAGGAGGAAGAGAAAUUAGAGGGCAGAGGAGUGAACCCCCACAGUUCUUUUUGUGUCCCCAGCUCUGAGAGAGUUUCAGACCCUUGAUGGUUUGAUAUAAAGGUGUAGCCUUGAUGAGUUCUUGACCUGGAAACCAACAAAAAGAUCUCUCCUUGAUGAUAAGUUACUGGGCUUGGUUAUGUCAUUUGGGGUUUUUUUUUGAAGUGUUGGGUCUUUCAUGAGUUCUUCUCAGAUUCUUCUGAGGAUACCAAAGUGGGUUAUUGUUAGAAUGGCUGGAAGUAGGAGUAGAGUUAAAGAAUGCCAUGAGUGUGUGAGAUGGAGGCUCAACUUUCUGGCUCUUUUGGCUGUGAUGUGUGUUCUUGGUUCUUUAUGGGUUUUUUGUGGAGUUGAAGAUUGUGGGUUUUGGUGGAAGAAAGGCAAGGGGAGAGUUGAAGUUGAGGAGAAAGCUCAGGUCUCACUGGAGCAUUUUAAUCUUAAAAGCAAUCAGCUUCAGGCUUUGCUGUUUCUAUUGUCAACAAUGGGUCAGAAAUCGUUUACCAAAUGCUUGGACAAGUCCAUGACUGAGAUGCCAGUCAAUACUAGCAUAUCUCAAGCUAUUGAUGGAUUCUGUUCUAAAUGGGACCAUUUGCAAAGCCAACAAGAUCAGUGCCCACUGUUAGAUGGAUUUAUUUUGGAAAAGUUAAAACGUUCAUCACCUAUGGAUGGGCACGAAAUGGACCACGCCUUGGAAGAUAUCAUACCUUCUACGGGGGACACUGAUGUUAUGCUUCUAAAGGAGUCACGAAGUGUAUUGCGCCCAAGAGGAUUGUUAAAGGGCAUAAAAGUGUAUCUUGAAAGUCUUCAUAACAUUUUGGGAAAAUUACAUUGGUUAGUCUUGUUUGUGGUGGUGAUUUUUUUCAAAGGUUUUGUUCUUCGUGGAAUAUUGAGGAAGUCAUCGAAUCGGCAGGAGCAAAAGCAGCAACAACAGAAGAAACAACAAGAUCCCCAGCAACAAAAUUCAAAGGUAUUAGAUAUUGUUGGUAUUUAG